CUUGUUAACUCUUACAACGCGUAACUAUCAACAAAUUUCAUCAACCAUCAACUCACCACAUCCAUUCUACGAGCUUGUAGGAUUUCUUCAUCACGUACCGAGCCCCCGGACGCGUCUAGAGCUAUAUCUGUAAGUUUAGAGAUUGAUAUACUUCCACAAAUACCACCCCAGCUGUGAAAGGGCAAUUACAGCUAGUCUUUCUACAACACUCCAACUCCACGUCACUGUCAGAUCAAUUCACCACCAACUUUUUAAACUUUUCAACCGUCACAGUGGUUUGGCGCAAAGCAUCUUACUUGCCCUAUGGAGGGGUAUAUCAAAAACUAACAUUCUUUCUCCUUAGGAUCUUCUACAUGGUCAAGGCUAUUUGACUAUAACUAACCCCCACAAUGGUAAGCUGUUCCCUUCCGUCUUCCCGAAACUUAUAAAUAUAACUAAACUCUUUAGGUUCUCUUUAAGAGGAAGCCAGUACAAUAUGCACCAAAGCCGGAAAUUGAGAAUGAAGACACAGAGGUAUGGACUUCAUUUGUCUGAAAUUUUGUUACUACGUCAAUGGCUAAUAAAGGUCAUAGGUCUGGGUGAUUCCUGCUACCGGGGAGUAUUUCUUAGACUAUGAAGAUUACUUAAAUCGGUGAGUUUGACUAUUUUGCCCCUCACUGUCGACCCCUAGUGGAACACGCUAACGGGAAAAGAAUGGAUUUCUACAAACAGGUUCGAGACUUUCCCAACAACAGCUAGCUCGUGAUGUUUACUAACUAACUCUAGCGUCGAUUUAUUUGCCAAAUCUCAGGCCAUUCUGGUCUAUCAUUCUUCGAGGCACUUAAGAGUGAGGUACGGAAUUCUUUAAAUCGCAUCGGGCUAAUGAGGGGGAGGGCUAACCUACUAUGUAGUUGGCAGGUGCGCAAGAGGUCGAAGAGGCAUUUCCGAAUGCAUUGAAGCAGCCAAUCCUAAGACGUGUACAAUUCCAAACCAUUUCUCGAAUCGAUACCUUGGUGGACACGAUUUUCGAAGAGUUUAGAUCCGAUUAUUAUCCCGGAGAGGUCGUCACAGUUCAUGUGGUUACAGGCGAUCGACUUACUGGUACCGUAAGAGAAAAAACGCAUUUUGGAAGCAAAGUUUUGCCGGAUGGCACACUGAGCGCACCCUUCUCGCGAUAUUUUGUUAGCCUGGACGGUCGACCAAACGAAGAGGCAGUAGUGGACGACGCUCAUAUUACUCGUGACCGCAAGAUUUUCACAAAACAAGUUCUGCGGUCUUUUAUUAAGAAAACUGUUACGAGAGAGGCAUGGACCGGUGCGCCAUGGUUGGUGAAGCAUGAUGUGGCGGCCAUUUAUAACAUCGAUAUUAGAGUUCCUCCGCAUCUUCGAUAUGAGAGUAAAGCGGCGGAAAGAAAACAAAACCAAUCUCAAAAAAAGAUUGGAACGACUGAUUUCGAUGGUAUGGUUGGUAGCUUUCACGGAGGAAAUGGACCACAAGCUAGACUCCCGGAGUUGAAGCCAGCACCCAAGAGCCAUAAGAGCAAGCAGCAACAGUCCCAACUGGCAAAGAGUAAGCAGCAGCCAUCUUUAGACCCUGCUCCUUUGAAUUUUAUUCCUACACAUUUCCCUCCUCCUCCUCCCCAUCCCCACUUUCAACCCCCUCCUCAAAUUCCAUUCAAUUCUCAUCCCCAUGCUCCUCCCUUCAUGUCUCACACCUUUCAAGCCAAUGGGCCACCACAACAAGUGGGACCUCACUUCCAAAACUUCCACAACUCUACCUUCGCGUUUGCGCCUCUUGCAUCCCUUCCUCCGGCUCCUCCUCCACCACCGCCUAUCAAAUACCCAAUUGAGGAUUUGGAAGUGGCCCCUAGAGUUGAUGGACCGAAACGACCCGACCUCAAGUACUUUUCGCAAGACAAUCCUAUGAUCUUUGGAAGGCCAAGCGCCGAGGGUAAUGGCAUUCAUAUGUCAUCCAUUGGUCAAUUACUGGAAACGUGGGACACAUUAAAUGUCUAUUGUCAAAUCUUCAAAUUGGAUUCAUUCACUUUUGAUGAUUUCGUUGAAGCAUUACAAUUUACAUCAGAAGAUGUAGAUUGCGAGUUAUUCGUAGAAAUUCAUUGCGCGGUUCUAAAGAUCUUGGUAAAUGCCGAAGCCGAUGAUGGAAAGCUACAGGUUCAACUACCUGAAAUGGAAGAUUCAGAUGAUGAAGAAGAAGAUUCUAUAGAGGCUAGCGCUGUGCCGACACCCACACCAGAACCAGAGCCAAAACCCAAGGGACGCGCCACUAGAAGUAGUCUGGCAAAAGCUGAGGCGGAAGCUUUACAGAAGGCAGCCGAGCAACCUCCGGAAGAACCAGCUGGACCUUUAAAUACUCAUCGCGCAGCCGAGAUGGAAGAUAGCAUCGAAUGGAUCGAGAAAUCAAGAAAGCGUGACUUCAAAAAUGGCGGUUGGGAAGCUAUCAUGGUUGGCCUGUUGCAUCAACUUUCGAAAGAUGAGAGGCAUUUUGCCGAUUGUGAAGCACUCCUCGUUCAACUCGCCCCUCUCGACAUGGAGCCAACACAAGAGACUGCUCGUCUUCAAUAUGCCAAACUUGACGUCAACCUUCGUAUCAAAGCACUCCAAAUCAUCUGCAUGCUUACUGCCGAAACCAAAGCAAUUCGUGGGUACAUGGAAGAAAGUAGUGAACAUAUGACGAUGCUUCGAAAGGAAAAGAUUCAGUUCCAGCGCACUAAGAAGGAUGCGUAAGUGCUCUCAAUAUCUACUUCUUGAUAAAUUGCUAACCGAAUUAGACAUGAUGCUCUUAAGAAACUCAACGAAACGCGAAAAGCACUUGAACCACCGCCUGAGCCAAGUCCUGCACCAGCUGUAGAGAAGGCUGCGGAAAAAGAAGCUUCAGCUAGUGUUAAUGGAGAUGUGACUAUGCACGACGUCGAGGAAGAGGUUCAAGAUUCUCAUGGUGAUGAAAUUUUGGACUCAGAUGAAGAAGCUCCUCCAACCCGAUCAUUACGUCGUGGACUCGAUCGAGCAGCAGAACGAAAGCGCAAGCGUGAAGCUGAACAGGAGAAAAAAGCAAAAGCAGAGGCUGAACCUAAAGUGCCGAAACAAUCUAAGGCACUCACAAAGGUUCUUAAAGACAUACAAAAAUUACAAGAUAAGAUUAAGGAGUGCGAGGAAGAAAUUGCCAUACUCGAUAAUGAUCUUCGAGAGGCUGAUUGUCCUCGUACUCGUGUACUUGGUAAGGAUCGAUUUUGGAAUCGCUAUUAUUGGUUUGAACGUAAUGGUAUGCCAUACAGUGGUCUUCCUACAAGCUCUACUGCUGAUACUGGAUAUGCCAACGGAUGUAUCUGGGUUCAAGGACCAGAUGAUCUUGAACGUGAAGGUUUUAUCGAAAUGCGACCUGAAUGGCAAGAUGAAUAUCGAUACAAAUUCAAUAUGACCGUACCGGAACGGAAGGUUAUGGAAGAAGGAAAUACUCAUGUAUUCAAUGCUCAUCAAUGGGGAUACUAUGAAGAUCCUGAUUCAGUUGAUGGUUUACUCAAUUGGCUCGAUGCCCGUGGUAACAACGAGUUGAAACUUCGAAAAGAACUUCAACUUUACAAAGACAAGAUUGUUACUCAUAUGGAAAAGCGCAAGGAAUAUCUUAACCCUAGCGAUGAAAAGAGUGUUGAUUCAAGUCAUAAGCGAAUGUCGACUCGUGGAAAACAACAACCUCAUGUCGAUCAUACAGCUCAUCGAUGUUUAUCUUGGCGUAAUAAUACGGCGAUUAAUGAAUUGGGUCAUUUACAUUCGGAUCAACCACGAAAUCGUAAACCAGCUAAGAAAGCGGCUCCGAUUUUACCACCAGCGAUUGAGGAAGAGAGACAAACUAGAAGUGAGGCGGCGAAGAAACAAAGGAAACGUUAAUAAUGCGAAGUUUACCAUUGAUUAAGGGAUGUUAAAUCAAGUGUAUAUCGAGAUAUUGUUACAUUGAGGUGUGAUGAUCUUUGUUUUCUUCAAAGCCUUGAGCAUGCAUGGUGUUAUUCGGGUUGGUUUUUUGGGGAGUUACGGUUUGACUUCAAAAGUUUGAAUUGAAGUAUGGAAAUGAAAAAAUAACGGACUUGUGUGCAUAUAUAUGGUAUUUUCACAAAAUGGUUGUAUGUAUUUAGAUGGUUUGGAAGGGAAAUUUUGAGCAUGGAAAGAAAGCAUUGCUUGCCUUGCGUCGUGUUGCAUUGGAUUUGGGUUGGAUUGGGUUGGGAUGGGAUGGACUUGUAGUGGAGUGGAAUGAGUUUUAUAGGUUGCGAUUAGGGGGAUGGAUGGUAGGGGAUGAAGAAGUGGAUGAGAGAGAGAGAGAGAGAUGUUUUUCUAGAUGGAUUAAUCUACAAGUAGUUGAAUUGAGUAGUAAUCCUGGUG